AUGUCCCAAAGUAAUGGACUUCAAUGUAGAGUAUGUGAAGAAAGUGGAUCGUGUUUAUUUGCGCAACAUACCAGAAUACGUGACUGUGAAAAUUAUGAUGAUCUUUGUUAUUCCUGGUUUUAUCGCAGUGGAAGUGACACUGGAGUUCUACGUAAUUGUCUAUCAGUUAAGUCUCCUGAAUAUAAUUUAAUCAAAAAAUUAAUCGGUAAUACAGAAAGAACCUGUCGAAAACGUUUACGUGGACUUGAUUGCUUUGCGAUGUGUUCGACCGAUUUGUGCAAUUAA